AGAGCGGUAGCAGCUCUGGGCUGUACGGCGGUCUUUUAAAUCUCCGAACGGCGACCGCCGCCGAGUGCGAGCGGGUCGACGUGGCCCAGCGCUGUCGGUGGCAUCGUGUAUCGUGUAUCGUGUAUCGUGCAUCGUGUAUGUAUGUACACGGCUAACGCCUGAAAUUACCGGUGCGUCGCGUCGUCCCUGAGCCGGGUGGGGCUCGGGGGUCCCGAGGGCCAGGGCCCGCUUGCAGAUGCUUCCUGACCUGCUGAGUGCUUCCAGCAUUUUCUGUUUUUAAUUUAACAUCAGUUGGAGGCAUCCACGGUUGGUUUUUUUUAAAUAUACAAAACCAAGAACAUGGAUACUCCUGAAGUAGACUUUCUAAGAGAUCAAGUGCAGCGGUUAAAUGCUGUGCUCAGUCAGUACCAAGCAAUGCAGCUGCCCAGCUCUGCUAUUAAUGAGGUCAGGCAAUUAAAAGAACAUGAUCCUCCAGCACCUUGGCUCAUGGACAAAUGCCUUAUGGCACCUCUUAUUGCAGAAUAUGAUAAACAGUUGCAAAACAUGAAUGAACAAUUGAAUUGUCACCAGAUUCAUAUGAAUGAGAUGAAAUUAAAGCUUGAAGUUGUUGUAAGAGAAAAUGAAAGACUGCAUGCAGAAUUACAGAAGACCAUUGAAAAACAGUUGGAAUCUCUACCUUCUGGUGCAAGCUUUGGGGAUGCUGACUUUACAGAAGGAGAAGUGGUGAAAAGUCUGAAGGAACAAUUACGGCUUGCCAAUAAGGAAAAAGACCUCGCCUUGGAGUUAUGGCAAUCAGUUUCACAAGCUUUAGAUCAAGUGCAGCAGCUAUACCAAGAUCACAUCUCAGCAGCUCAGAAUCAUGUCUUUGGCCAACAGCAACAGACUGAGCAGUUGGCUCACUUUCAACAACUUGCUCAGCAGCUUCAAAUGACUAAUCAAAAAUUGAAAAUGACAAAUCAGCAGUUUAUAAAAACAGUGACAGAACAGAAUUUAGAACUGGAGCAAAACCACAAAGAAUUGAGGAAAGCAAAAAUGGACCUGCGAACAGCGACCAUGAAAGUGGAGGAAAUGAAUAAAAUGAUGCAAAGCAUGCAAGAAGAAAUGGAGCGGAAUGAGCAGAAUGCUACAGCUGCAUUGGGGAGAGAGGAAGCCUCAGACAAACGAUUGCAACAGUUACAAUCUGCUAUAACCCAAUGUGAAGCCAGAUUGCGGGCAGCUGCACAAGUUGCAGAACAGUUGCAAAAAGAGAAAAUUGGUUUUGAGGUGCAAAUUGGAGAACUUCAGGAAAAAUAUGCUCAGGCAGAAGAUGAGAAAUAUGAAGCAGUGGCCAAGGUUAGAGACAGCAUGCAACUCCUUGAAGAAGCAAACUUGCAGAAAGAUAAGGUUUUACUACGUGAAAAACAAAAGGACGAAGAAGUGGUAAAAAUGAAAGAAGCCAUGGUUCAGCUUAUUCAAGAAGCUGCUGCUCGAACCAAAAAGGAGGUUGAAAAUGUCAGGAAACAAAGUAAUGUACAGAUUUCUCGUUUAACUGAGGAACUGUCUGCUAUGCAAAUGAAUUGUGAAGAUAAACAAGGUCAAAUUGAACGAGCCAUAAGAGAGAAGCGAGCUGUAGAAGAAGAACUUGAAAAGAUUUAUCGAAAUGGCACAGGCAAUGAAGAAGAUCACAGAAAAAUUGAUGAACUACACCAGCGAUGUUUGAAUGCGGAACGUUCAAAAGAUGACCUCCAGAUUAGUCUACAGGCAGCUCAAAACAAAAUCAGGAAACUUGAGAUGAAUCAUGAGGAGGAGAUGUCCCGUUGCCAAGAAAUGAUCCAGAAACUGCAGAGCAGUCUGGACAAUAUUCGUGGAGAUUGUAAUACAGUCAGUGAAGAACGGUUGAGGCUGCAGAAAGAAAAUGAGCAACUUCGUAAAGAGAUGGAAGAACUGAAAAAAGUUAGUCUGGAUGUUCAAAGGAAAGCAAGGCAACAGGUAGCAAUUCUAGAACAUGAGUGCUCUCUGAAGGAACGCGGAUUUGAAAUUCAACUAAGGGAACUAGAGGAUGCUAGUCGGAAUUCCAACACUGAACUGAAACGCUUAUUAGCGGCACAGCAGAAAGCAGCCAGUCGGUGGAGAGAUGAAGCCAGGAAACUAACUGAAGCCUUUGAAACUAAACAAAACAACCUGAAGACUGAGCUCAAUCGACAAAAACAGCACUCCCAGGAAUUGAGUUCCCAGCUAGAGGCUACUCAUGAGAAAAUGGCAGAGUAUGAGAAACAGCUGUCGGAAAAUCAGGAAAAAAUUAACAGACUUCAAAGGCGGCUGACUCACUCAGAGCACAGAGCAGCUACAGCCUCCCAAAAGCUCAGCACAGUAACAUCACAGAGAAGAAAAGCUGACACGCUGUUUGAUCUGGAAAGCAUUUUAAAUCACUGAAUACUUGAACUUCCAUCUUCCAGAGCAAAUAAACAUCCAACUGUGCAAUAGUGUCAGCUGUGGAAAUUACCAAAAAAAAAUCCAGGUCUGCAUUACAAGCCAUCACCUGAAUUUAAAUGUUGUAAGAUGUUCACAUAAAAUCUUGAUCAAAGUUCCUAAUAUAGAUCGACAGUGUUGGAUGAACCAGUCCUUCUAUCAAAUUUGUAAAAUUGCAAAAUCUAAUGGGGUUCUGCCAAAGAGUUGCAGUUUUGGUUAGGUGUUCAUUUGUCUUAAUACAAGUCUUGUCACUGGAACACAUGAAAACCACAAGUGACUUGUUAAUCUUUCAGAAUUGUGCCAUUCUGUUGAGCUUUAAAAGAAAUUGAGGUUUGACCUCUGAUCAUUUAGAAAUUCUAAACCACCCUAUUCUGAGAUUAUGAAGUAAAAUUCAACAUUAUUGACCUCAGUUUCUGUGAAUUGGAAGAAGGGUUGGAGAGAAGGUGUGGAAAUGUUUUGUUUCCCACUUGAAUGAGUAGUGAUUGGAAAAGGUAGUGGAGACAAAACACUCAACUACACGAAGGAUCUGGAUGACCUCCAAGAACGUAACCUGCAAGGUUUGGAUCAAAAGCUGGAAAGUGGGAUUAACCUAAAUAAUCCAUUUUUGGACAGCAUAGGCCCCAACACCUUCCUUGUGCGCUGCAGAUGUUUUUAACAGUCAAACUCACUCUGCAUAAUAUUGAAUAAUAAUUCAUCAUUUUGGAGAGAAGACAUUUGCAAACACUAGUUUUCCUGUGUGUUUUUAAACUUGGACAGCACUGUCUUGGCCCAUUUCCCUUUUUGCCUGUGUGUAUACAUGCCACUAUACAAAAUAAAUCAAUGUUUCUG